AUGCCUCUCUCCUCCCUUCUCCGCACUGGGUCCCGCUUGAGCCAAAUCGCCGUGCUCAGGUCACGAACGUCUUCGCGAGCUGCUUCCACGAUAGCUGCUCCCGCUGAGAACUCUACAAUACUAUCUUCGAUAUUGAUUGCAAAUCGUGGUGAAAUUGCAUUACGAGUUGGCCGAACAGCGACACAACAUGGCAUCAAGGUCACGACACUCUAUACAAAUCCCGAUAGCAAAGCACAACACGCUUUGAGUAGUCCCUAUGCAUUCAACCUCGGUGAAACAGCUGCCUACCUGGACGGGGACCGGAUAAUAGAGAUCGCCAAGCGUGAAGGGUGUCAGGCUAUCCAUCCAGGUUACGGCUUUUUGAGUGAGAACUCGGAAUUCGCGCAAAAAUGCGCCAGCGCGGGACUGGUCUUCAUCGGGCCUCCUCCCAAGGCUAUUGAAGAUAUGGGUGACAAGAGCCGCUCCAAAGAAAUCAUGACUGCUGCAGGAGUUCCUUGCGUUCCUGGUUACCACGGUACCAACCAAGAUCCCUUGUUUCUCGAGGCCGAAGCCGACAAAAUGGAAUACCCCGUCCUGAUCAAGGCAGUCAAAGGAGGCGGUGGAAAAGGCAUGCGCAUUGUUAGAUCCAAAGCCGAGUUUCAAGAUCAAUUACGCUCCGCUAAGAACGAGGCAUUGAACUCUUUCGGGAAUGAUCACAUGCUGGUGGAGAAAUAUAUUACAACCCCGCGACAUAUUGAAGUCCAAGUGUUUGCCGACAAGCAUGGAAACUGUGUGGCACUAGGAGAGCGUGAUUGCAGUAUCCAAAGACGCCAUCAAAAGAUCUUGGAAGAAUCGCCGGCUCCUCAUUUACCAGAUGCUGUGAGAAAAGACCUCUGGGAAAAAGCUAGGGCUGCCGCAUUGGCAGUUGGCUACGAAGGUGCAGGUACCGUUGAGUUCAUCUUUGACAAUGAUACGGGAAAUUUCUACUUUAUGGAGAUGAACACCCGACUCCAAGUCGAACACCCGGUUACGGAGAUGGUUACUGGGCAGGACUUGGUCCAUUGGCAAAUCCUAGUUGCCGAGGGAGCACCUCUUCCUUUGACCCAGGAAGAGAUCGAAGCCAAUAUUGCAGUCCGCGGGCAUGCAAUCGAAGCUCGAAUCUACGCAGAAAAUCCUGAUCAAGGGUUUAUCCCGGACUCUGGUCGACUACUCCAUGUUCGGCUUCCGAAAGAGACGGAGGACGUUCGGAUUGACGCGGGAUUCGUCGCUGGCGACGAAGUAUCAGCUCACUACGAUCCGAUGAUUUCGAAGUUGAUUGUGCGCGGAGCUAACCGUGAGGAAGCUCUUCGCAAUCUUUCAGUGGCCUUGGAGGAGUAUGAAAUCGCCGGUCCGAUCACGAACAUCGAAUUUUUGAAGGCCGUUUGUAAGAGCGCGGACUUCGCGUCCGGCGCGGUCGAGACGGGAUAUAUCGAGAAGCAUCGUGAGGAGUUGUUUGUCAAGGAGACUGCGUCAGACGAAGUACUGGCGCAGGUAGCUCUAGCAAUUUUCACGAAGCGCGCAGCUUCCGGACCUGAAUUGACGUCAUCCGGUCUGAAAGGAUCGCAGCUCGGAUUCAGUUCAAGCUUCCAGCAACGUCAAUUUAGAUUUGCUGAGAUGUCAUCUUCGGCAACACCGGAUGCCGCGAACCCUACCCAUGAUGUCCAGGUCCGACAGCUCAGUAGCGAUAGUUUUCGGGUAACCAUCAACGGACGAACGUUCGAGAAAGUAACGAGUCAGAUCGAUGGCGAAUCUAGUCAGAUUACGUCGUUUUUCCCCCACACACGAUUAGAUACGAGGGUGAUCCAGGGCGAAGACACGAUCAUCGCCUUCCAACGUGGAAAACAGUACCGCUUUUCCACGGAACGAGGGAAAUGGAUGGAGAAGGCGCUGGGGAUCAAAGACGUCGCGAACAGUGUUUUGGCGCCUAUGCCGUGCAAAAUACUUAGCGUUGAGGUCAGCGAGGGGCAGACGGUGGAGAAGGAUCAGCCACUUGUUGUCAUUGAGAGCAUGAAGAUGGAGACGGUUAUCCGCAGUCCCCAUAAUGGAACGAUUGCGAAGAUUGUGCAUCGGAAGGGGGACCAAUGCAAGAGUGGAACGCCACUUGUCGAAUUUGCCGGCGACGAUUGA